ACAAGCACUUGGUAUCGCUACGGAUGUCCUGAUCCUCUUUUAGCCAGCCUGAACAUUGCCUGUGCUUGCAGGGAGCCAUGACCACAGAAUGACCACAGGGAUCCAAAACCACAGAAUUCUGGGUCUUGUAGUUUAGUGAGGCCCAAGACCUCAGUGACUGAGAAUUUUAAAGGCCUCUCCCUGAACUACAAGCCCCAGAAAUCUGCAGGAUUUCAAGUGGGAUGCUCAUCGUGUAGCAUGAUGAGGCACUAUUGCUCAAAGCCCAUUGCAGGCACUUAGCUCUGGCCAUCACCUGUCCCUUUCCAGCAGUUUCCUAGGAAGAGAAAGAAAAGGAGUGAGUCCAGCCCAUUUUGCUAUCACUUGUUUGAGCUCUUUCCACUGUGUACCCCUCAAACAAUGACUCAGAUCACUCAAAUGGGCUGGCAAGUGAUCCUCAUUUUCAGUUGGGUUUCUCUUUGCUUUCCCCUACCAAUUCUAAAGGACAGAGACUCCCUAAUAGAAGAGGAGAAUGCCCGUCGUACAGGUGGCAACCUAGUGCUCGGAAAAACAGAAGUGGAAGCCAACAAAAAGCUGAUGCAGCUCAAGAAAAUGGAAGUGGCUAAAGCUAUGCAGACAGGGCUGUUUCCACCCAGCAUGCAUUUCUUCAAAGCUAAACCCCUCAUUGAUCAAAGUGCUGUGUUCAGCAUCUUAAAAAAGAUGCCAAAAGGUGGUGCUUUACACUUGCAUGACUAUGCUAUCCUGAGUGUCAACUGGCUAGUGUACAAUGCCAGCUAUCUGCCUCAUUGUUACAUUUCUUUCUGCUCUUCGUGGACUGUCCAGUUCAAGUUCUCCAGUCCUCUUCCUCCCAUGGAGGUGCCACCGGGUUGUGCGGAAUGGGUGCUACUAGAGACCUAUCGCAAGAAUCUGAAUAAUGUGACUCAGUUUGAUAAUAGCUUGGUGAGAAACCUAACACUGGUAACAGACUUCCCAGAGGUGAUGUAUCCUUCUCAGGCUUCCAUUUGGGAAACAUUUGAAAAAGUCUUCAUUGCUGCUGGGGGUCUGAUCAGCUACGCACCUGUAUUCAAGGCCUAUUUUUAUCAAGCACUCCUAGAAUUCUAUGAAGACAAUGUGCAGUACAUUGAAAUAAGAGUAUUACUGCCUCCGGUAUAUGAGUUGGAUGGAAGCACACAUGACAAAUUUUGGUCUGUGGCAGCUUAUAAAGAUGUGACCAAGCAGUUUGUAAAGGACCACCCUGAUUUCAUGGGUGCAAAGAUUAUAUACACAACACACAGAAAACAGACUGUCCAUCAGAUUAAGAAAGCUGUCUCUACAGCCAUUGCACUGAGAACUAAGUUCCCGAAAAUUGUGGCUGGAUUUGAUUUGGUUGGCUGGGAAGAUGGAGGACACUCUCUCUGGGAAUUGAAGGAUGCCUUGACUUCUCCACAGGUUCUAAAAUCAAAAUUGCCAUACUUUUUCCAUGCUGGUGAGACAGACUGGGAGGGCACCUCUGUCGAUAAAAAUGUAUUGGAUGCUCUGCUUCUGAAUACCAGCCGAAUUGGCCAUGGCUUUGCCCUUGCAAAACACCCAGCAGCUAAGAAUUUGGCUAUGAAGAUGGAUAUACCUAUAGAAGUAUGCCCUAUCUCUAACCAGGUACUGAUGCUAGUAUCAGAUCUGAGGAACCAUCCUGCUUCACUUCUAAUGUCAGAGGGUCAACCCAUUGUCGUUUCCUCUGAUGAUCCAUCGAUCUUUGGUGCAAAGGGGCUGUCGUAUGACUUCUAUGAAAUGUUUAUGGGGAUUGGAGGGAUGGAUGCUGAUCUGAGGACUUUGAAACAAUUGGCAUUGAACUCUCUAAAUUACAGCGCUUUGCUACCUAAGGAGAGAGAUAAAGCUCUGAAGAUUUGGCAAAAAAAGUGGGACCAGUUUGUCGCUGAGGUCUCUAAGUAGUGCCAGACAAUCUUGAGACUACAGCAAACGAAGGCACAGCAACAAUCUUUCAACCUGAUACUUCGAUAAGAAGAUUGCUAAAAGCAAGAGACUCCCAGACAUUUUCUCCAAUGCGUUCCUAACCAGGCUCCUUGUCAUACAGCAGUGGUUCCCAACCUGUGGUCCGUGGACCGCCUGUGGUCCCCAAGAACUCUCCCCAAGAACCGGGGAGAGGCUGACUACCCAUGAAAGGCGCGAAAAGCCACCUGACUGCUGCUUCUCCUCCCCCUGAGUGGAGCCUUUCCAUGUGGCACCUGGAAGUGGGGGUGCUGUGGUGUCUUCACUUUUAGGCCUGUUCCUGGAGUUAUUUGGGGUGCUGAUUCAGAACAUUGCAUUGGAGAGACCAAAGCUCUAGAUUAGAGUCUU